UAUCCACGACCUCCUCGAAGCUCCGAUCAAGUCGAUCAGCGAUGGCGCUGCUUUGCGGUCGUCGAAUAUGGUUCCAUUCUUCUGCGCGCGGAAUGCGCAAUGUAGCUUUGACGACGCCAGUUUUUCCGUGCUACAACGCACAUUUCAGAAAACUUCGAAUUGUGCAUGCUGGGGCGAGCACAUCUGCGCCUCCUUCGACCUCCAAAACCACUAAUUCGGAGACGAAGUCUGAGGUUUCAUUCGUUGCAUUGACCCCGUUGGAAAGGUUGCGUGCGAGGCAGCUGCGAGAUGUUCCCAGGCCCCCCGGAAGGCUUUCAGGCAAGGAAGAGUCAGCGAAACCUGUUUCCACUCCUCUGGCGCAGUCGUUUGAGCAGCUUGGGUUGAGCGAUGAGCUCAUGUCAGCUGUGAUUGAGUUGGGAAUUUCGAAGCCUACUGAGGUUCAGAGUUUGGGAAUUCCCGCUGUCAGUAAUGGGGAGAGCGUCGUAUUAGCGUCACACACCGGUUCGGGGAAGACGCUUGCGUAUAUGCUACCGAUUGUUCAGGCUCUGAGAAGAGACGAAGCUGAAUCUGGCAAAGCCACGAGAGCUAGAAGGCCUCGAGCUGUAGUUCUCUGUCCUACCAGGGAACUUGCGGAGCAGGUGUUUCAUGUCGCGAAGUCUUUGUGUCAUCAUGCUCGUUUCCGAGCUGCCAUGAUCGGUGGAGGAUUGAAGAUGAAGCCUCAAGAGGAUAUCUUGAACUCAGCUGUAGAUAUGGUUGUGGGUACCCCUGGAAGGCUUUUGAUGCAUGUGAAGGAGGGCCAUAUGGCCUACGGUGAUAUCAAGUAUGUGGCGUUGGAUGAAGCAGAUACUAUGUUCGAUCGUGGUUUUGGACCGGAAGUUCGUAAAUUUUUAGGGCCCCUUCGCAACCGUUCUUCGCAACCUGGUGGAACGGGGUUUCAGACUGUCCUAGUAACAGCAACCAUUACUAAGGCAGUUCAAAAGGUUCUUGAUGAAGAAUUCCCUGGUAUCAGACACAUUCACACAUCUACUCUUCACAAGAAGGUGUCUUCUGCCCGUCAUGACUUUUUAAAACUGUCCGGCACAGAGAACAAGCUCGAAGCUCUUCAGCAGGUUUUAGAACCCAGUCUUGCUAAAGGCAAUCGAGUGAUGGUCUUCUGCAACACACUAAACUCUUGUCGUGCGAUUGACCAUUUUCUGCGAGAAAAUGGCAUCCAGACAGUGAAUUAUCAUGGAGAAAUCCCCGCUGAGGAGAGAGUUGAAAAUCUUAACAAAUUUAAGGAAGAGACGGGGGCUCGCUCGUUCCCGGCCCUUGUGUGCACUGAUUUGGCUGCUAGAGGCCUGGACCUUGUCGUGGAUCAUGUUAUUAUGUUCGACUUUCCUUUGAAUCCGGUGGAUUACCUCCACCGCACGGGAAGGACAGCUCGCAUGGGUGCUAAAGGUAAGGUGACAAGUUUAGUCACGAAAAGGGACUCCACAUUGGCCGGACAAAUAGAAGACGCUAUGUCGCGGGGAGAAUCGUUAGAGGCAUUGACAUCCAGCAGGGAGAAGGUCGCAGCUAUGAAGCAGCAAGAACUCGAAGUGAGGCAAAGGCAGAAUUCCAAGGAAGCUGCCAGCAAAGGCAAUUUCAGGGGAUCUAAAAAGAGAAUUUUAGCCUCACCGAAUGCUAGUAAAUCGUUCCAAGCACCGAAAGGUUCACGGGGUAAAGCAAGAUUUGAAGGUGUUAGCAAGCAGGUAGAAAAUGUUACGAAGAAAAAUUCUGGAUUUUUUAUAAGAAAGAAGUAAAUGCAAUUGACUA